AUGACAAAAAUCGUUGAUUUGAUGAAUGCGAUUAUUGAGAUCUUUAACGAUCACGCUGGUGAAGACAAGAUGCUUUCGAAAGAAGAGCUCAUGAAGAUGAUGGACGAAGAAAAGGAUGAGAUGUUUUCGUCGGAAGAGAUUUCUACUGCGCUUAUGGCUGAGUUGGACAAAAAUCUCGACGGCAAAGUAUCUUUCGACGAGUUCAUCAAGUCCAUGGCUUUCAUCUGCGCACUCGUCAAAGAGGGACAAGAUGAUUCUACGGAUAUACCAAAGUUCAACUUCAACGGAGAUCCUACUACAUUUCCACAACAGAUGGAUAUGCGAGCGAACAUGAACAGAGAGAAAAGCAUUGGCCGGAAAAAAUAUAAAUUUUCAGCCUUUGAACAGCCAUAA